ACGUGAUCUGUCAGUUCGAGGGAGAAGGAGGAAAAUGGCCGCUCGGGCUGAGCCGUAGACGGCGACUCGGACCCCCCUUCUUUUCAGUCUGACAGCGCCAGCGGCAAAGAGGGCUCCUCUGCGGGGCCCCGAAAGAGGCCCCAGCCGGGCUUCCAGACGCCACUAACUGAAGCUUUUCUGUGAAGAUGGCAAACCUCUUGAGUGAUAGUCUGCUGACUUAUGUAGAAGAGGAAAAUAUUCCUGGCCUAAAAGCAUUUCUAGAAAAAUGCAAGGAUGUGGAUGAAAGAAAUGAGUGUGGACAGACUCCAUUGAUGUUAGCUGCUGAAAAUGGCAAUCUUGAGAUAGUAAAAGAGCUACUUAAGAAUGGAGCUAAUUGCAAUCUGGAAGAUGUGGAUAACUGGACAGCCCUUAUAUCAGCAGCAAAAGAAGGUCAUAUAGCUGUUGUGAAGGAGCUACUUAAAUGCAAUGUUAAUUUGGAACAUAAAGAUAUGGGGGGAUGGACAGCUCUUAUGUGGGCAUGUUAUAAAGGCCGUACAGAAGUAGUAGACUUGCUACUUUCAAAAGGUGCCAAUCCAAAUGUCACUGGACUGCAAUACAAUGUAUAUCCAGUCAUUUGGGCUGCUGGGCGAGGUCAUGCAGAUAUUGUAUAUCUGUUACUGAAAAAUGGAGCUAAAGUCAAUUGUACUGAUAAGUAUGGAACUACCCCUUUGGUUUGGGCUGCACGUAAGGGCCAUUUGGAGUGUGUUAAGCACUUACUGCAUAUGGGAGCAGAUGUUGAUCAAGAAGGAGCUAAUUCAAUGACUGCACUUAUUGUGGCAGUAAAGGGUGGCUACACACAGACAGUAAAGGAAAUUUUGAAAAGGAAUCCAAAUGUGAAUUUAACAGAUAAAGAUGGAAAUACAGCUUUGAUGAUUGCAUCAAAGGAGGGACACAUUGAAAUUGUACAGGAUUUACUUGAUGCUGGAACAUAUGUAAAUAUUCCUGAUAGGAGUGGAGACACUGUGCUAAUUGGUGCUGUCAGGGGUAGUCAUGUUGAAAUUGUUCGAGCCCUCCUACACAAAUAUGCUGACAUAGAUAUUAGAGGACACGAUAAUAAAACUGCUCUGUAUUGGGCUGUUGAAAAAGGCAAUGCAGCAAUGGUGAGAGAUAUCCUGCAGUGCAAUCCAGAUACUGAAAUAUGCUCAAAGGAUGGUGAAACACCACUUAUAAAGGCCACGAAGAUGAGAAAUAUUGAAGUGGUUGAACUUCUGCUAGAUAAAGGAGCUAAGGUGUCUGCUGUAGAUAAGAAAGGAGAUACUCCUCUCCAUAUUGCCAUUCGUGGCAGAAGCCGGAAGCUAGCAGAACUUCUUUUAAGAAAUCCAAAAGAUGGACGACUGCUUUAUAGGCCAAACAAAGCAGGAGAGACACCAUAUAACAUUGACUGUAGCCAUCAGAAAAGUAUUUUAACUCAAAUAUUUGGAGCCAGACAUUUAUCUCCAACUGAUGCAGAUGGAGACAUGCUUGGUUAUGAUUUGUAUAGCAGUGCUCUGGCUGAUAUUCUUAGUGAGCCAACCAUGCAACCCCCCAUUUGUGUGGGAUUGUAUGCCCAGUGGGGAAGUGGGAAAUCUUUUUUGCUCAAGAAAUUAGAAGAUGAGAUGAAAACUUUUGCUGGACAACAAAUUGAACCUCUUUUCCAGUUCUCAUGGCUUAUAGUAUUUCUUACACUGUUGCUCUGUGGAGGGUUGGGUUUAUUGCUUGCUUUUACUGUGGACCUGAAACUUGGAAUAGCAGUGGCAUUAAGCUUCUUGUCACUCCUGUAUAUAUUCUUUACUGUAAUUUACUUUGGUGGUCGAAGGGAAGGGGAAAGUUGGAAUUGGGCCUGGGUGGUAAGCACUAGGUUAGCAAGACAUAUUGGCUACUUGGAACUCCUCCUCAAACUGAUGUUUGUAAACCCCCCUGAAUUGCCAGAGCAAACUACAAAAGCUUUACCUGUCAGGUUUCUAUUUACAGAUUACAAUAGACUCUCUAGUGUGGGUGGAGAAACUUCUUUGGCUGAGAUGAUUGCAACUCUUUCUGAUGCUUGUGAAAGAGAAUUUGGUUUCUUAGCCACAAGACUUUUUCGGGUAUUCAAGACUGAAGAUACACAGGGAAAAAAAAAGUGGAAGAAAACUUGCUGCCUUCCAUCUUUUAUCAUCUUCAUUUUCAUCUUGGGUUGUAUUAUUGCUGGAAUCACUCUCCUUGCUAUAUUUAGAGUUGACCAAAAACAUAUGACAGUGAAUGCUAUUCUUAUAUCAAUUGCAUCUAUUGUUGGUUUGGCCUUCAUUUUAAACUGUCGUACUUGGUGGAGAGUACUAGACUCUAUCCUGAAUUCUCAGCGUAAACGUCUCCAUAAUGCAGCAACCAAACUGCACAAGUUGAAAAGUGAAGGUUUCAUGAAGGUUCUGAAAUGUGAAGUGGAAUUGAUGGCUAGAAUGGCAAAAACCAUAGACAGCUUCACUCAGAAUCAGACGAGACUAGUGGUCAUCAUUGAUGGGCUAGAUGCUUGUGAACAAGACAAAGUCCUACAGAUGUUAGACACAGUCCGAGUUCUGUUUUCAAAAGGUCCAUUCAUUGCUAUUUUUGCAAGUGACCCACACAUUAUCAUAAAGGCAAUUAACCAGAACCUCAACAGUGUACUUCGUGAUUCAAAUAUAAAUGGUCAUGACUACAUGCGCAAUAUAGUUCAUUUGCCUGUUUUCCUUAAUAGUCGUGGAUUAAGCAGUGCAAGAAAAUUUCUCGUAACUGCCACUUCAAAUGGAGAAGUUGUAUGUUCUGAUAGCGCAGGAUUACAUGAAGAUACUGACAGAAGAGUUUCGCAGAACAGCCUUGGGGAAAUGACCAAACUUGGCAGCAAGACAGCCCUCAACAGACGGGAUACUUACCGAAGAAGACAAAUGCAGCGGAGCAUUACACGUCAGAUGUCUUUUGAUCUUACGAAACUAUUAGUAACAGAGGACUGGUUCAGUGAUAUCAGUCCUCAGACUAUGAGAAGACUACUUAAUAUUGUUUCUGUGACAGGACGGUUAUUGAGAGCCAAUCAAAUUAAUUUCAAUUGGGAUAGGCUUGCUAGCUGGAUCAACAUUACAGAGCAAUGGCCCUACCGAACUUCAUGGCUUAUACUGUAUUUGGAGGAAACUGAAGGUGUUCCAGAUCAAAUGACAUUAAAAACCAUCUAUGAGAGAAUAUCAAAGAAUAUCCCAACAACUAAAGAUGUUGAGCCAUUACUUGAAAUUGACGGUGACAUAAGGAACUUUGAAGUGUUUUUGUCUUCACGAACACCAGUUCUUGUGGCUCGAGAUGUAAAAACCUUUUUGCCAUGUACUGUAAACCUGGAUCCCAAGCUUCGAGAAAUUAUUGCAGAUGUUCGUGCUGCAAGAGAACAGAUUGGGGGACUUCAGUAUUCCACUAUGCAGCUAGAUGUGAAUCCUCGAGCCCCGUCUCCAUUUAGUCUGCCUGCAACUCUGAGUUCUUCAACUUCUUUUAAUGGACCGUUUCCUGGUAAUAUGAUAUCACCACAACCUCCUAGCAGCUCUUACAGUGGCCUGACAGGACCUCAGCAUCCCUUCUAUAACAGGCCAUUCUUUGUCCCAUAUGUUAAUCCGCCAAGGUAUUACCCUGGCAGUUUCCAACAUCUCAUCUCACGUCCAUCUAUAAAAACGAGUUUUUCCAGAGAUCAGAACAGUGGCCUAGAAGUUAUCAAGGAGGAUGCUGCUGAGGGGCUUUCUUCACCCACAGACUCCUCAAUGGGAACAGUGUCAGCACAGUCAGUGACAUUGAACUCAAUGAAUGUGGAUUCUGUGUGUGAGAAACUGAAACAAAUAGAGGGCCUGGACCAAAGUAUGAUGCCACAGUACUGUGCAACAAUAAAAAAGGCAAAUAUUAAUGGCCGUGUACUGGCUCAGUGUAACAUUGAGGAGUUGAAGAAAGAAAUGAACAUGCAUUUUGGGGACUGGCAUCUUUUCAGAAGUAUGGUACUUGAUAUGAGAAAUGCAGAAAACCAUACAAUUCCUGAAGAAUCACAUGUAAUGUCAGAUCAUGCUGAUAUCUCAGUCCCUCAUGGCGAAUCUCUUCGUCGCUCAUUACAUAAUGAAUUGCCACAUACGGAGCUUUCUAGUCAUACUCCCUACACAUUGAACUUCAGUUUUGAAGAACUGAACACUAUUGGUCUUGAUGAAGCUCCUCCACGCCACAGUAAUUUAAGUUGGCAGUCACAAACUCGCAGAACCCCAAGUCUUUCAAGUCUCAAUUCACAGGAUUCCAGUAUUGAAAUCUCAAAACUUACUGAUAAGGUUCAGGCAGAAUAUAGAGAUGCCUAUAGAGAAUAUAUUGCUCAGAUGUCUCAGCUAGAAGGGGGUGCAAGUUCUGCAACAAUUAGUGGCAGAUCUUCUCCACACAGCACAGGGCUAUACUAUAUGGGUCAGAGUUCAUCAGGGGGCUCCAUUCAUUCCUCUAUAGAGCAAGAAAAAGGAAAGGAUAGUGAACUGAAACAAGAUGAUGCAAGGAAGUCAUUUCUGAUCAAGAGGGGAGAUGUUAUAGAUUAUUCAUCUUCAGGUGUUUCCACUAAUGAUGCAUCUCCUUUGGAUCCUAUCACUGAAGAAGAUGAAAAAUCUGAUCAAUCUGGAAGUAAACUUCUUCCAGGAAAGAAAUCUUCAGAAAGACCAAGCCUCUUCCAGACAGAUUUAAAACUAAAAGGAAGUGGGCUGCGCUAUCAGAAACUUCCAAGUGAUGAAGAUGAGUCUGGGACAGAAGAAUCAGAUAAUACUCCACUUCUCAAAGAAGAUAAAGAUAAAAAAGCAGAAGGAAAAGUAGAUAGAAUACCUAAAUCUCCAGAACAAAGCACAGAGCCUAUUAGAACCUUCAUUAAAGCAAAAGAGUAUUUAUCAGAUGCCCUCCUAGACAAAAAAGAUUCCUCUGAUUCAGGAGUAAGGUCUAAUGAAAGUUCUCCAAAUCAUUCUCUUCACAAUGAAGUUGCUGAUGAUUCUCAUCUUGAAAAGGCCAACCUUAUAGAACUUGAAGAUGAUAGCCACAAUGGAAAACAGGGAAUACCACAUAGCUUAAGUGGCCUUCAAGAUCCAGUUGUAGCACGUAUGUCCAUUUGCUCAGAAGACAAGAAGAGUCCUUCAGAAUGCAGCUUGAUUGCUAGUAGCCCUGAGGAAAAUUGGCCAGCUGUAACUGGUCAAAAAGGCUAUAACUUGAAUCGAACACCCAGUACUAUGACCCUAAAUAACAACACUGCUCCAUCCAAUAGAGCUAACCAAAAUUUUGAUGAAACAGAAGGAAUUAGGGACAUCUCUCAAGUUAUUAUGCGGCCUGGUUCCAGUUCUAACUCAAGUGGUAUUCAGAAUGAAAAUCUGAAAAGCAUGACCCAUAAACGAAGCCAACGUUCAAGUUACACAAGGCUUUCAAAAGAUUCUUCAGAGCUUCAUACGGUGACCUCUUCUGACAGUGCAGGUUUUGGUGAAGAAAGAGAAAGCAUUCUUUAAGGGAAACAAGAAAAAAAAAGUCAUUAUUAUGCCUCAAAGUCAAGAUUUUCUUAAAAGCUCAUCAAACAAGAAUUUAGUAGUUAGUUUUUAAAAACUUUGAGGAAAAAGCAAUUGAAAGAAUGGAAUUCCAGUUUUUAUUUUUAAAAGUUUUUGUGGUUAACUGGCUUCAUGUAUUUUAAAGUGGAAAUCUAAGGCUAAAUCUGAGAGUAAUGAACCUUAUGUUAAAUCUUAAAAGCAUUGUGUGCAAAUGUAAAGAAAGUGAGACUAUUAUAGUUCCCUUUUAGAAAACAAAAUUUCCUUUUUGGGGGACUGAAAUAAUGUAUAAAGUUGAGUAAUUUAUAAAUCCAAUCUUGCAGGCAUUUAUUAAGCCCCUUUAUAUGCAAGGCCUUAUGCUGUGCUCUGGGCAUUAAAAAGACGGUACAAACAGUCCCUUGAACUAAAGCAGCUAACAUUCCACUGACAACCAUUGUUGAGCCACUUUUCUGCAUGAAAAAGCAAAUAUUCCCUAUGGUUAUAUUUUGAAGAACUAAACAGAUAAUUUAGUAGGACUUUAAGAAAGUAAGUUAAUAGUGCCCAGUGUUAGGCCCAAGAAGCUCUGAUUUUUUCUUUCCUUUUUUCCAUGCUUCUUGAUUGAGAUUCUUUAUAUUACUGAACACUUGGGAAUAGGUAUACCUAUUAUUAGCCAGAGUGGGUACAUUAUACUUUGUUAUUUACAGCCCUGAAAUUAAUCAUCUACUUAUCUGUUGGUUCAAGAGCUAAGCUCAUGAAAACACUUAGCUAUAAUGGCACUUCAUGAAUCAGAAUGAGAAUAUGGUACAUUUUCCCCUAAUAUGCUUGAUUUUUCUGCUAUAUUGGUAUGUUUAAUUAUAUGGCCACUUAUGAAAAAAAUAUAGCAGCCUGCUAGUAAUUGCAUUUUUAGCAGUUAUGACUGUUUCAUCCAAUAAAGAUUGUGUGUUUCCUGUGAACAAAGCAUUAUACUAAAAUCUGUUUGGGGAGACUUGUGCAUAUAAUCAGCAUGCCAGUAUUUCUUAAAUGAAUAAAUGAGCAAAUUGAACUAUUUGUACAUGAAACAGUUGCAUAACAAUUCAAGAUAGUGUAUUAUUAGAAGAAAAAAAAAUCCAAAACUGAAGGAAAAUGUACCCAUUUUAUUUAUUCCUAAACUACUGCAUCAUUUUUUCUUAUUUGGAGAGGAAAGCAUCAUGGAACCUUUCAUUUAAACCUCUGUAACAAAGCAGGAGGACAGAAAUGCUCAAAAUCAAUGUGAAUAUAAACAGUUGUUUAUUCCCACAUUUACUGGAAUUUCUAAUUCCCACAUUUACUGGAAUAUCUAAAUUUGAAUGUGUGGGUUAGUAAGUACAUCACAGUCACCGCAGUGAUCUACUGUUGUCUUUAGAAGUAACUUUAUUUAUGAGCACACACCUGAUAGUCACAACUAGGAAGAAAUACAUAUGUGCAAAGUGUAAGGAUCAUAUGGUUUUAAUUGAAUAAUCAUAUUGUGAUGGAUAUUUAAUAGUUAAUAUCUUUUCAUUAAUAAAUGAAUCAUUAACUGGAUUGGAAUCUUUGAAUUAUGGCACUAAGUAGUUGCUUCUUUAUGGUACUCAAUGAAGACUGCAUUAUUGUUGUGUGUUAUCUAAUAACUCAUAAAAUAAUACUUCAUAUUAUCUUUCAUCAAAAGAAGUAUUUGUCCAGUUACAAAACAAGGACUGGGCUGGUUAUUGACAGGUUAUUAGCUUUUAGGAUUUAAUAAUCAGCACAUUAAUAUGUGAAGCUCUGUGAUUAGUUUAGGCCAACUAUUUCAUUCCUUUUAGAUGAGUAAUUGUGAUAUCAGUGUCAUUUUAACACAUGCCUUUAUCCUCGAAAUGAAUUUGCAUGGUUUUCAGAACUUGAAUAUCAAGUCUGUAGAUUUAGAAGACAAUAAAAAAUUGGCAUGCCA